AUGGGGAAUGAGAAGCCAAACAUCGCUCCUCGCUGCAAUUCCUCCCAGCCACUGUCGGGGGCGGAGGCGUCUCCUAUAGAGGCCUUUGAAGGUGGCCUCAAUCCCAUACUGAUGGACAUAGAAAGCAGCGAAAUUGCAGAAUCCACUUCAUCCUCCAAUGAUUCAAUCAAGAUCGAGUGCAAGAAAGCCCUCGCUGCUCAGCGCCAAGGGAACCACGAGAAAGCCCUACAGUUGAUGAAGAAUUUGUGCUUAAAACAUGAGAAUUCGGCCUUGGUUUACUAUCUCAUGGGGAUUGUUUGUGUCAGGAUAGCCUCGACUAUUAACGACCCGAAUGACAAACGGAAGUAUUUCAAGAAGGCGUUAGAGAGUGCAAGGAAGUCGGUAACAUUGUUACCGGAUUCUUUUGAAUUCAUAAUUCUUUAUGCGAAAUUGUUGUUUGAGACUGCAAAUGAGGGGGACUAUCAGGAUGUGGAGCAGGAGUGCGAGAGGGCAUUGGCAGUUGCAUUCCAGUUUCGUCAGGAGCUUUCCAAACAAGAGGCUCGAGUUUUCCGGUUCCAAAAUGAGGUACAGUCUUUGAUUCAGAAAUUAAGUACUGCAAGGGAAUUCCAUGAAAAGAAUUCCACACCCAAGGCUGCAAUUUACCCCGUGCAAAAUGAUGAAGGGUCUAUGGUUCAGGAUUUAAAUACUGCAACUGAGUGGCAUGAGAAGAUUUCCACACCCAAGGCUGCUAUUGACCUCGUGCAAAAUGAAGAAGGGUCUUCGAUUCCUAAGUCUAACAUUGCAUCCAUUUCGACUGGGAUGAAGAAUCUGGGCAAUGAAGAGGAGAAGUUGCCAAUGAGGGUCCAUGAGGACUCAAUGGAAAUGACAUCAGUAUCUAAAAUAGGACCGAAGCAAAAUGAUGAAGGGUCUAUGCUUCAGGAUUUAAAUACUGCAACUGAGUGCCAUGAGAAGAUUUCGACACCCAAGGCUGCUAUUGAACCCGUGCAAAAUGAAGAAGGGUCUUUGAUUCCAAAGUCUAACAUUGCAUCCAUUUCGACUGGGAUGAAGAAUCUAGGCAAUGAAGAGGAGAAGUUGCCAAUGAGGGUCCAUGAGGACCCAAUAGAAAUGACAUCAGUAUCUAAAAUAGGGCCGAAUGAGAUCAAAAAAGCUACUGAGGCCCCUGAGGAUGUUCGGAGAGAGCUAAUGGUGUUGAAGACGGCUGUUGCUCUGCUUCUGGACAGUAAUAAUAUUGAUGGUAAUAAGGGGUUGGAUUCUGGUUUAGGGAUGGGGAAGAAAGUGAAAGAAAGAAGGAAAAGUAAGAAUACGAGGAGAAACAUUUAUUCGGCUGAGAUAAGGGACUUUGUUCGGUCUUAUUGGAACUCAUUGGAUUUGGAUAAGAAGAAAGAGUUGCUUAAAGUUAGGAUUUCGGAUCUCGAGACACAUUAUAGUUUGUCAAAGGAAGGAUCAUUGAGUAAGCUGCUUGAUGAAGCUUUAUCUUUUGGGAAAGACAAUAGAGUGUGGAAGUUUUGGUUGUGCUGUAGCUGCAAUGCAAAGUUUGCUGAUGCAGAUUCACAUAGGCAGCAUGUUAAAAAGGAGCAUAUGAGGACUUUGUUACCAAAAUUUCAAUCUAUUAUACCCGAGAGAGUGGAUAAUAAGUGGACUGAGAUGCUUCUUAGUUGUUCUUGGAAACCAUUGGAUGUACAGGGUGCAAUCAAAAUGCUUGAAGAACUGUCAAAAUUUGAGGAACCUAAUUUUCUUGAUGAGUCAAACCCAAGAAACAACAAAGAUGAUUCCAGUGAAUGCUUUGUGGACCCUCACUUCAAUGAAUAUGAAGAAGAUUCAUCACCUGACAAGAGCAAAUUGGGCGAUAACUGCUGUGGUAGAACACGGGAGUUAGAAAAUGUUAAGUGGAUGGAUAGCGGUGAAGAUCUGGACCGUAAGAAAAGUUUCCUUUACCAAAGCUGGCCUUCAACUGAAGACUCAGAAUGUGCAUACCUUCUGGAAAUAAUCCAUGUCACGUUUGAUCUAUUUAUCAAACUCAACUAUCUUGCCUCAAGUCAUCUUAGCAUGGUUAUACAUUUUGCCGUUCAAAAGCUGCAGGGACUUGCUGAUGGUUCUCACCUUUUUAACUUUAAUAUGGACCAAACACCUCUGUGUAUCUGCUUUCUGGGUGCUCCCGAUCUUCGGAAAAUUGUUUUUUAUUUGAAAAUGAUUUUUCAUGGCAUUUUUUCUAGUGAAACUGAUAAAUAUUCUGAUAAAAUUAAUUCGAUGGAUGAUUCAAUCAGUUGCACUCAAGUUGUUGACACUAUGGAAAAGAUAACUUUCGCUCUAGAUGAUUUGGUUUUGGUACUUGAGAGUUUCCUGACCUGGAAGCGCAAUUCUCCAUUUUGUGCUGAUGCUGGUAAUGAUGAUUCUAGUUCAGCAACUUCACUGUGCGUCUCCUAUGAGAACAACGAUGUUGUGAUUGAUUCAGAUGCAUUACUUUCCUGGAUAUUUUCAGGCCCCCCUAGUGGGGAACUAUUGUUAUCCUGGACAUGUGCAAGGGAAGAGAAAGCACAACAAGGUAAGGAAAUUCUUGAGUUUCAUGAGAAGGAAUUUUACGACCUCCAGGGCUUAUGUGAGAAAAAAUGUGAGGGUUUAAAUAAUGAGAAGGCGUUGCAGGCUUUGAACGAUCUCUGUUGCAAAGAGAGAAUUAAAAGAGAGCAUGCUGUCCCCCAAAGUUAUGACUCCGUCCUCAGGAAGAGACGAGAAGAUCUCAUUGGAAGUGAUGAUGGAAUUACCUCUAUCAGCAGUGGGUUUGAACUGGAUGUUAUAGAAAAUAUUUUGAAGGAUGUAGAAUCUGGUAAAGUUGACGAUGGGAGAACAAAAGACUAUUUGCAUCAGGUGGACUCCUGCAUAGAAGUUUCAAUAGAGAGACAGAAAGAAAAAGCGUCUGUUGAGAUCUGUAAUACUGAUGCAAAGAUUUUGCGAGUUCUUGAUUGGAUGCUGCAGUUGGAAGUUAAGCUUGACUCUGCGUCUGCUCAUGAUUUCAGAUCAAUUUUGGUGCCUCUAGUGAAAUCAUAUUUGCGAGCACAUUUGGAGGAUCUGGCAGAGAAAGAGGCCACAAGGAAAUCUGAUGCUGCCAGAGAAGCACUUUUAUCUGAACUUACAGUUGAUUCUGAACAGGGUUUUGGUGGAGGGGAUAAUUCAAGACAUAUGCAUAAGAGGAUGAAGGAUAAGAAAAAGGGCAAGAAGAGUAGGAGAAACAAGGAUUCAAAGGCCAUUGAUGACAAUCAGCUGCAUAGGAUUUGCAGUCAAUCAUCUGAAGAGAUGUAUGUCUCUCUUUUACCAGAAAGCCUAUCCAGAUCACAGGUAAGUGCUCUGGAUGGGGAUGAUCAUGAUGCUGCAAUUUCUUUUGCUGGGACUGGUGUUGCUCUAACACAACUGGAAGAAUAUAAACAAAGAAUCAAACUUGAAUUUGAGGAAAUAAAGCCUGAAGAAACUUUGGAAUAUGAAAGAGAAACUGAAAAUGAGGCAAAACAGAAGCAUCACAUCGAGCAACCUGUGUCUUCAGAAAAAGAAAUUGAUGAAGUUGGUCAACUGAGAUCUAAGCACACUCCCGAUUGGGACGGAGCAUUGCAACAAAAGAAGCUUCUGGAAAUGGGUGACUUGGACUAUUCAUCACAUGAAGUCAUAGCUGAUGGUAUUAAUGUAAUAGAUGCAUUCCCUGGUCUGAAAAACGAUCUUGGUGAAUAUAAUUGCUUUCUCAAUGUCAUAAUACAGUCCUUAUGGCACUUGAGACGGUUUCGAGAUGAAAUUUUGAGAUCAUCAUCUGGACAUGGUCAUGUCGGCGAUCCUUGUGUUACAUGUGCUUUGUAUGAUAUCUUCAUUUCUCUGAGCAAGCCACCUAAAGAUACUCGAAGAGAAGCUGUCGCUCCUACAUCGUUGAGGGUUGCUCUGAGCAACCUGUAUCCUGAUAAGAAAUUCUUCCAGGAGGGACAGAUGAAUGAUGCUUCUGAAGUACUAGGGGUAAUAUUUGAUUGCCUUCAUCAAUCAUUCCCUUGCGAACCUGUUGUACAGGACAUGUGCCCAAAAACCUCCUUUGAUGAGCUUUUAUACGUAGUCGAGGUUAUUCACCAGUUACCUUGUGAUCCAGAGAAUUCUUGUGAAAGUGUUGAUGACAUAACGGAAACAUUAGCAACCUUGACUACUGACAUUAAUAUCAGUUUGCUUUAUCGUGGUCUUGACCGAAAAAGCAAACAUUGCUUGGUUUCCAUGAGUUACAAGAAGAUGGUUAGAAACUAG